AUGGUGACAUUGUGCGGUCUCUCAGACCGGCACGUGAUUGCUUCCAUAUUCUGUUUGGUCCUGGGUACGAGAUUAGGUGGAAUGUUUUAUGAUGUCCCUUGCCAGUUGUUGCGAGGCUACUCAACAUCUGCCUGGGUUGUGGACCACGGUUGGUUUUUACUGCAUCAUUUGCUCGGAAUCAAUCUGCCAUUUGAGUCCUCGAGCGAUGUGGUUGUCAGCUACGAUCAGCCGUUUGAUAUGCCUCCGUCCACCGCACUAUUUUGGACUGAAUGGUCCGAAUGGCCUGCAUGCCCAAGCUCGGAACCCUGCCAUGUGGACAAAGCACACAAAUCCCCGAUUCACAUGAUGAAACGGACACGGCUUUGUCAACGUCAAUCGGUCAGUGACUUGACACAGACCAAAAGUGUGCCGAAUCCGCUCACUUGGAUGCAAGCAUCGCAAGCUCACACUCCGUGUCUGAUUGAAAACGCGCGUGAAACGCAAGUCAAGUUUUGUGAGCCGACAGAAACAUGUACUGAUGAUGCCACCACUGAAAUGCCACACGAUAGUGCAUUUGUAAUAAAUCAAACCGACCCGAUUCUCGGGCAUAAAAGCCUCUCGAACGAAUUCACUCUAACUCUGCCGGAGAAUUUGAUCACGGACCCCACGAAUGAUGAUGAGUUGUGGAGCCCAUGGCAAUUAGUGGUGGCAUGCCGCCCGCUGAUUUUGGAGUUGGAUGAAUUGUCGGACGGGUUCGCCUGGGACCAUUUACUGCGUGACUCAAAUCAGCCCAAGCGAAAACGCUGUGAGCCGGGAAUCGAAAUCUAUCGGCGAGACUGUCAGCCUCAACUGCGUCAGAUCGGUCGAUGUGGCGAUAAACCGGGAAACGGUCAGCAAGUAAACAGUUAUCAACUACGACAUGCUCAUUGCUGGAUCAACGAGCGUUGCCCCGGUGGAAAUCAGACCAUACACGGACCAAUGGCUUGCGACUUUCGAACAUUUCUAACCGAGCCGCGGUUGCGAGUGAGUUGGUAUCGAACCCCAUACGGUCUGUCACCCACGCACUAUCAAGUUCGCAUAAUGCCCAUAGACAUGCUUCCCGGCGUUCAGAUACACCGAAGUGAAAUCAAGGAAGUUCCGCUCCGCCCAUCCGAUCCCUGGGGUGAGGCUUACUCGACCGACUUGGAAGAGUUGGAACUUGGUCAAGCGUAUGAGGUGAUUGUGAGUGCGGUGGACGCCGGACAGACACUGCACACAUCUAAAACAUGUCAAGCAGCGUUGAUUAUUGGUGCAGCGGUGUAA